AUGUUCUUUACAGUGUCUUGAGUGGACCCCAGGAUGACAGUGCUGCUGGCCACCCGUCUGUUGCUGAUCUUCUUGCAAAGGCUGGCUGUGUCCCACCUUAUGAUGGAUAUGGCUCUGAAUUCCUUUGAUGGCCAGUAUCUGGGGUGCAGAGAGCAGAUGAUGGAAGAACUGGAGCGAGGAGACUAUUUCCAAAAGGAAAUAGCUACUAAAAAGGACUACUUGAGUCUCUGGAAGGAGGCUCAGAAGGCUUUCUUAAAGAGGUCUGUAGGUCUCCUGAGGGAGAUGCUUGAGAGUCAUGCCAUAGUCCUCACGGCUUUCAUGAACUCUUCCCUGCACUCACAGCUGAACUGGGCCACAUCUACAGCAGGAAGCUCUCCAGAGCACUACAGACACAACUUCACUUUCAAAUAUUUUCACUUUUACCUAACAACUGCUAUCCAGAUAAUGAAGGAAUGGCAGAGCAGCAAGGAGAACAUGGGGAAACGUAAGUGCUAUCAAGUGCACAGGGGGGUGAAAGACUUACAUAUAGAAGCCACAGUAGGCAGCAGGGUGCAAUUUGGUCUUUUCACCUCUACCUCUCGCCACCGGAAUGAAGCCCAGAGGUUUGGGAAUGAAACUCUUUUCACAUUGACCACUUGCCUGAGUGCAGCUGUUCAAGGCUUUUCUUACUACACGUCUGAGAAGGAAGUCCUCAUUGCCCCUUACGAGAUAUUCCUUGUAAAAAGCUUCUUUCGGACACAGCACGAUAACCGUCUGCAUCUGCAUUCUGUGGGGAACUACAGCAAGUACCACUGCCAGCUUGUGGAAGCUUCAAGAAACAAGACUGGUGGUUCCACUGCCCUUGCCUCUGCCAUUCUGCUCAGUGUAGUUGGAGUUUUCAUGUGUUUGGCCUGCGAUGACUGAUUGUCUGCCUGCAUCCAGAGAUGUACAUUUGAAUAGUGGCUAAGAAGAAUUCACAGGAAGUCAGUCUUUGGAAUUCCUAUUGUUACAGAAGGUUCAACCUUCCCUUUGCUUUCAGCUACAGCUUUCCAGCCACUGGAACAAUCAACUUAGUUAAUCAAAACAGACAUUCUCUGGACCCAUUCAGGUAGGAGAGGAGUUACCUAUGGCCACCCUGAAGAGCAGGGCAGUGACACCCUUCACCGUAGGCAUUCAGGAAAGACACACAUGGACUCUGGACUCUUUACAGACCUCUUAGUACCUUUAUUUUUUUGAGAGAAAGAAUCUGUCUGUGGGGUGCAAAAAGGCACCAU